CUUGCAGGCAGUUUCUGUCAGCUUGCUCUAGCCGUAUUGAGCCUUUGUGAAGGCUUAUGGGCAGUUCCUCUGUUGAGGCCAAAACCCGAUCCCAAGAUGGAUUUUGACAGUAUUCUACAGAUGGCAAAACACCUUUUAAGUGACACCAAGCAUCUAUUUCACCACUUUAAAUCCAAGUACCCAUUAGAAGGGGAGCAUAAACUUGAUACUUUACCUGUACUAUCGAUGAAUGCUGUGGAAUUGUCCAAUAUUCAGGUUACAACAGGUCUCACCAAACUUAGCUUGGAUCUCCUCAUAUAUCAGAAACAUUUUGAUUGGCUGAAAAAAGCAGCUCAUGUGGUUCGGCCCUUGGAUAACGAGUUUACCAUUAUUCAUAACCGCAUUGACAAGCUGGUAAAGAAAAUGGACCACUUGAUGAUUAAACUAAACAUAGCCCGAGUUAGUGAUCCACCACUACCACAACUCCCCAACUCCACCACUCAGUGGAGCGUCGUACAAAUUGGUCAUGCUAUUUUUCACCACUUUCAUUUAUUCUUGGACUACACUACACGUGUUUUGGUUCUAAUGAGAAACAAGUUGUGA